CACCUAAAAACAAAUUGUGUAAAACAAAAUUAAUGUACAUCGAUAUAGUACCACAUUCAAAAUAAACCAUAGAUGCCACAAUAUACCAGAUUCUCAGCCAAAGUAACUAAGAACCCUAAAUUGGUUAUACACGCUCGUUCAAAAACUAUGCUCAAAUAUAAAGGACUUGUAUUGAUAGUGCUCCUUAUCAACAGUAUUGAGGCUGACAUUCCAGGAUGCGAUUAUUUUGAUACAGUAAAAUUGAUGCCAACCCAAAAGCUGGCUAAUGGAUCGUAUCAAUAUGAGAACAUCAUUAUUCCCCCAGAACAAACUGGGGAAUAUGAUUACGAGAUUCUUCAGGAAGGAGACAGAGAAGAUGUAGAAAAACAUCUGCGUGGAUGUGCCUGUCACUUGGGCACCUGCAUAAGAUUCUGUUGCCAAAAGAAUGCUCUGCUCUUGGAAGAUGAACGUAAGUGCAGCGGAUAUAUUACAGCAGAGUUGCAAUUCGAUCCCAUGGUGAACAUAACGCUAAACAAUGGCACAGUGGUCAGAAGACAUGUACUUAAUGAGUUCAUAGUUCAGCAUGAUUUGCCAGUUCCCUGCAGUGCUCACUUUCAUCUGGAUGCUUUGAAUGAAGCCAACGAAGGUUGGACAUUGUUUGAGAAUGGAACUCUAUUGAGGCAUUAUGGUUCAAAGAGUCUGAGCAAACAGGAUUAUUGCCUGCAACCUCAUCAAAUAAGGGAUCCUCUCACAAAUGGCACGAUUAUCAGCCUGGUCCCGCACAAUUGCUUCGACAAGCAACCAAGUCAAACGGUUUUUAAUCUACUUCGUAUUCUUUCGAUGAUCUUUUUGAUACUAACUAUUAUCGUUUAUCUUUCCUUUGAUAAACUUCGAAAUCUGCAUGGAUUGUGUUUCGUAAAUUAUAUGAUUUGCAUCUUUGUGGUAUUUGCCGCCCUAAUGCUCGAACCCAAAGUUAGGAUAUUUCUCAGACCUUGUCAGCUGAUUGGCUACUUGGGAUAUUUCGCUGUUAUGGCCGGAUUCAACUGGUUAACUGUGAUCAGUUAUGAUCUGUGGAUCAGUUUCAAGGGUAACAAUUACAAUGUUGAACGCAGAGCUUGGAAAAUGUUAUUCUGCAAGUACAAUAUGUACGCAUGGGGAGUUGCUACGAUUCUAACCCUUAUCAUAAUGAUACUUGAUGGUACUUUAGAUUGGGAUGACGAAAGUCUCUUAAAUUUUAUACCAGGAGUUUCAUUCUACAGUUGUUGGAUUAAGACUUUUGACUGGUCAUCGAUGUUAUACUUUCAUGGAAUCAUUUCAGUUCAGCUCAUCUUUAACAUUAUAAUGUUUACAUUGACGGCCAUUCGUAUUGUUCAAGUUAAGAACGAAAUAAAGAACCUGACAUUACCCGAGGAGCGUUCAAAACACAUCCAUUUAAAUAAGCAAUCGUUUGGUAUGUUCUCACGACUGUUUGUGAUCAUGGGAAUUAUGUGGACUUUCGAAGUAUUCGGCUAUUUGUCGAUAGGACACCCAUGGGAAGCAUUCUUCUCGAUCUUUGAUUACGUUAAUUGCGGUCAGGGCAUCAUAAUAUUCAUUCUCUUUGUCUUCAAGCGGAGUGUGCUGAAACUUAUCUGGAAUCGUUGUCGUGGAAUUCGUUCAACAAAUGAUGAGGAUAGUUCCGAAGAAGAGAUUGCGUUGCAAAAUAGAAAUGGCGCAUCUAAAAACGUUGGCCCCAACAUAUUGAAAUAUUUGGCCAGUAUACUGAUUCAAAGUUGUCGGUUGGUGGUGGCUGAAAUAAUCUGUGAUCCACUGUGUUUAUCUUUGCGUACUCCUCAUGCAACAAACAUGCAACAAUAUACAAAACUUGUGUUGCUAGUGCUCCUUAUCAGCAGUAUUAAGGCUGACAUUCCAGGAUGCGAUUAUUUUGAUACAGUAAAAUUGUUGCCAACCCAAAAGCUGGCUAAUGGAUCGUAUCAAUAUGAGAACAUCAUUAUUCCCCCAGAACAAACUGGGGAAUAUGAUUACGAGAUUCUUCAGGAGGGAGACAGAGAGGAAGUAGAAAAACAUCUGCGUGGAUGUGCCUGUCACUUGGGCACCUGCAUAAGAUUCUGUUGCCAGAAGAAUGCUCUGCUCGUGGAAGAUGAACGUAAGUGCAGCGAAGAUAUUACAGAAGAGUUGCAAUUCGAUCCCAUGGUGAACAUAACGCUAAACAAUGGCAGAGGGGUCAGAAGACAUGUACUUAAUGAGUUCAUAGUUCAGCAUGAUUUGCCAGUCCCCUGCAGUGCUCACUUUCAUCUGGAUGCUUUGAAUGAAGCCAACGAAGGUUGGACAUUGUUUGAGAAUGGAACUCUAUUGAGACACUAUGGUUUGGUUAAUCUGAGCAAACAGGAUUAUUGUCUGCAACCUCAUCCAAUUUGGAAUCCUCUCACAAAUGAAACGAUUUUAAGCCUGGUCCCGCACAAUUGCUACGACAAGCAGCCAAGUCAACUGAUUUAUAAUCUACUUCGUUUUCUUUCGAUCAUCUUUUUGGUACUAACUAUUAUCGUUUAUCUUUACUUUGAUAAACUUCGAAAUCUGCAGGGAUUGUGUUUCGUAAAUUAUAUGAUUUGCAUCAGUGUUGCAUUCGCUGGGUUGCUGCUCGAUAAGCAUGUCUCGUCACUUUCAUUAAUAAUCUGUCAGUUGAAUGGCUAUUUGGGAUACUUCGCUGUUAUGGCGGGAUUCAACUGGUUAACAAUCAUCAGCUAUGAUUUAUGGGCCAGCUCCAAGGUCAACAAUUACAAUGUUCAACGCAACGAUUUGAGGUUGAAGUUUUGCAAAUACAAUAAGUAUGCCUGGGGAGUUGCAUUGCUUCUAACCGUAAUCAUAAUGAUACUGGAUGGCGUUUUAAGUACAGAAUAUUUGGCUGUUCUACCAGGAGUUGCAUUCUACAAUUGUUGGGUUAAGGUUGAUGACUGGUCUGCGAUGAUAUACUAUUUUGGAAUAAUUACCAUUCAGCUCAUUUUUAACCUAAUCAUGUUUACACUGACGGCCAUUCGUCUUGUGCAAUUGAAGAAGGAAUUGAGAUGCCAAACGUUACCCGAGGAUCGCGUUAAACACGUCUAUUUAAAUAAACAAACGUUUGGCAUGUUCGCACGUCUGUUCGUCCUCAUGGGAAUUGUGUGGUUCUUUGAAAUCUUCUCAUAUUUAUCGACGGAUCAUCCAUCGAAUGCAUUCUUCUCGCUCUUUGACUACGUUAAUUGCGCCCAGGGAAUCAUAAUCUUUAUUCUCUUUGUCCUCAAGCGCAGUGUGUUGAAUCUUAUCUGGAAUCGGUGUCGUGGCAUUCAAUCAACAAAUGAUGAGGAUGCUUCCGAAGAAGGAAUCGCGUUGCAAGAUAGAAAUGGCGAUUCCAAGAAAAUUGGUCCGAAUAUAUUGACAUAAAUUAUGCAAGUGAAAUUGUCAAUCUCUUGAAGUUCUUUCCCGAAAUUAAAAUGCAUUUAAUAAGCUGACAUUUUGAAUUCAAAACAGUGAUCGAACCAGCAGCUAAUCAUGUUAAUCAUACUAAUAUUUUAAUUGUAGCACAGUGCAUGUUAAUAUCAUACUUUUCAGGGAAAUUGAAAACAUUCUAAAUUGCUAAUCUCGGAGAUAUUUA